UUUCGAUUCGCGUGUACGAAAAAUCGCAAGAGUCGCGUGUUUUCCUCUUGGUUCUCCUAAAUAUAAUCGCGUAAAAUCGAAGUUAACUUUUCCAAUAUUCUCCACUAAAAGCAAUGGAAGAAGAGUCGGCCGCCGAUCGUGGUGCAAAUCACUUAAAAAAUCGCAGCAAGAAGCGCAAAUCGGCCAACAAGCGGUUCCUUCAAAAUGCCAAAGGUUUCGGUCGGAAGAACAGCUUUGGCCGUGGCGCCGAACUGGAACAGGAUGAGUACAAUUAUUUCGUGGAAAUUUUGGGAGCCCUAGGGCAGGUUGCGGACAACGAGGAACGCUCGACGAUGGCGAACAAUGUAUACGAGCAGGCCAAAGGGAAGGAGAUUAAGGUUUCCUCGAACCAGUUGAGCAGCCGGGUGUUGGAUAAUCUGCUAGGUUUCACGGACGAAGCAACGUUGGAGCAUGUGAUGGAGGUUUUCGGGGAAAACUUUCGAGUGGUGUGUUGUGACCGGUUUGCGUCGCACGUGCUGCAGAAGGCGCUGUUUGUGGCGGUGGUGAGAUGUGUGGCGGAGUUGCAGCCAAAGCUAGAAGAGGAGGGCGAGAGUUCCUCGAGUAAGAAGCAAAAGUCGGAGGUGGGACGCGAGAUGGAGUACAAUUUGAAGGAGGAGUUUAGUGCCGAUCACCGGAAGGCGUGCGGAAAGUUUGUGAAAAAGGUGGGCAAGUUCCUAUUGAAUAACCUGGAGGAGUUUGUGUGGGAUGCGUUCGGGAACUAUGUGAUUCGGCAGUGCGUGUUGAACCUGGCCGGGAUCGCGGAAAUAAAGAUGGGGAAAGGAGAAGUAGCGGAAGUGAGGAAGCUGACAGUUCCAGAUAAAUGGAUGAAGCUGAUUAAUGAAUUCAGUGCCCGCUUGUUGGCGUGGCCACAGUUUACGGAUUUUCCGUACAACGAAUUUACAUCAAUUCUGUUGCAGAACGUGUUGACGGCUUUGGAGCGCAGUGAGGAUAAGUAUCAGCUGCAGUUGAUUGGCGAAAAGCUUAUGAGCGAGAGUUUCCUUUUGGAGGUAGCUGCUGAGGAGGGGGAAGAAGAUGCGGAGGAAUCAGAGCCCGACGAUAAAUUGAAGCUCCCCAAAGUAUUCCAGCAAGACAGUUCAAUCCGACUUUUAGAGGUUUUGCUGGUCGUUUCCGAGCCGGAAUUCUUCAAGGAUCAGUUGUACAAGAAGCUUUUCCAGGGGAAAAUUGUCGGCCUCAGCCGAUUGCGUGCCACCAAUUUUGCAGUUCAGAAGCUGCUCGAUAACCUGUCCGAUAAGCAUAUUUUGGAGCAUAUAUUCUCCGAGCUGGAUGAGGGAGUGGAGGAAAUUCUCCAGCUGGGCCACACGGGGGUUGUCGCAUCCCUAGCAAAAUCCUGUGCGCGUCUUUCGUGCCAGCAGGGAAAGUUUAUCAAACUGUUGUUGGAUGCUUUGCAUUGCUCGGAAGCGAAUGGUGAGAAGUUGCUAACUUCCAUCCUGAAAUUGAUGCCGCCGGAAGUGGUUGCCAAACAGGAAACUGCACAAAUCAAUCUUCACGGUUCGAUUAUCUUUCAAUCGGUUCUGGAUUUCAACAAACCCAUCAAGCUGGUUUCGGCCAUCCUGGAUACGAAGAGCGACCAGCUGGCCAAGAUCUUUACCGAUCCGAAGGGGUCGUUUGUCGUAAACGCCUUCGUCCGAUCCAAGUUCGUCGGAGAGAAAUCCCGGGAUAAGCUGAUCCGGCACAUGGAAGGAUGCUAUAUGGAUUUGGCGCUUUCGUCGCACGGAUCGCGGGUGCUGGAGUUGCUGUACGAAGCGGCUAGCCCGUCCCAGAAGGAAUCGAUCGUCAAGGAACUUUCUGAACGGGUGGCGCAGCUGAACAGCAAACCCUGGGGAGCGAUCAUCAACCGUAAGCUGCUGGUCGAUACCUACCGGAAGAAUCCGACCCAGUGGAAGAACGCCUCCAAGACGGGCGGCGACAAAGUGGGUCGAAUGUUCGACAAGCUGAUCGACGGCGAUGGUGGCGGAAAGAAACGUAAGUGAAUUUAAUAUACUUUAUUUACAUUCGAUUCAGAUG